UAUUUCUCCUUUUCAACCUGCCCCGCCCUUUCUCCCAAUUCCGACAUGGGUCUUCCCUUUCACGUUUCCUUCCACUCUUCUGGGAGUGAGUUUAGUCCUGCCACUCCCAGAAAAAGUUAGGAACUGGAGCAACUCUUCUUCUCUGGCAUGGGGAACGGGAAGGUCUUUUUGUAACCUGUCGAUGCUGCUCCUUCAGGUGGCCACUGAAGAGCAACGUGAGGCACAAGGCCCACCUUCAAACCAAGGAAUUGGGGUUUUUUAGUUUCUUUUUGGACACUCAUCACUGUUUUGAGCGGAGCGAAAAUGGUUUAUGAGUAGCUUAAUGUCUUUAACAAUAGCCGCACCUUUGUGUGUUUGCAAGGCCCGGGGCGUAAGGAUUUUGAGCGCACCGCUUGCAGGGAACAGCAGAGGGGCCACGCCACACUGGAACGUGCGCUGCAGGCAGAUGCCCACUUGGCAGCGCGGUGGUUGAUUAAGAGGCUAUAGUCACACCGUACAGUGUAGGGACAGGCCCUCGUUUAAAAAUAACACUCAAGGAGCGCGCUGCUGUCCCGCGCUCCGCGGGCACUAACACAGUCCCUUCUAAGCACCCGGGGCCGGAGGCGCCUUGCGAGGCCGGGCGGUCUCCCCUACAGCCGCAGGCCGCGGGGUGGGGCUUCCCCUGGUGAGCUGUUUUCUCCGUAAGCUGGAGAGGAGCGGCCCGGGCCCUGCUGUGCCCCACUGGCUGCGCCGCCUGCCGGCCAAUGGCUGCUGCGAUGGGAGGACUCGCUGGCGAGAGCUCUUCGCUCACCCCGGCGGGGGCAGCGAUUGCCGAGGCUUGCGCGACGCGCUCUGGUUUUCUGCCUGGCUAGGGCUGGGAUUUGUCUUGUGGGCGCAUCAGGCUCGUUCGGGCCCGAGGACGCUUCUGUUUGAAUGCCCGUAAGGAAGCUUCUGGAGCCGGAAAGUCUCUCUCGAGGAAAGGGACAGAUGCGGGCCGAGCCCGCCAGCUGCUGGCGACCCACUUCUGGUCGUCGUACCUGCUGAAGGAGCGCGGGCGGCGGGCUGGCCAGCGGGGCCCAGGGCAGACACCCCGGGGCUCACGCUGCAUUUGGAUGUGCCUCGAGUGGAGGCUGCCUUUUAAUCUUUAAAGCUCUGCGGGGAGUGGCGCUUUCGUUUCCUCCGCGCUGUCAGACUACAGUGACAAACGGAGUGGGCUGUGGCGGGCUCGGUAACGUUGUGGGGGCUGGCCCCCUUUUCAGUGUUUGUAAGUGAUGAGCGUCAGAAAGGAAUCGCGCCCCUCUGUGGAGUUCGUCAAAGGUCGCCUUUAUUUUGCAAUUCUCUGCCAAAAACCAAAGAGUGGUGUUGCAAAUACACACUAUUUCUGCAUAGAUGAUGAACUUGUAUAUGAGAACUUCUACGCAGAUUUUGGACCUCUCAAUCUGGCAAUGGUUUACAGAUAUUGUUGCAAGCUAAAUAAGAAAUUAAAGUCAUUUACAUUGAUAAGGAAGAAAAUAAUUCAUUAUACUGGCUUUGAUCAGAAAAAACAAGCAAAUGCUGCAUUCCUCAUAGGCUCUUACGCAAUAAUAUACUUAAAAGAAUCACCCGAAGAUGUGUACAGGCUCUUAUUGGCAGGAAACGCAUCUUAUCUUCCUUUCAGGGAUGCUUCAUUUGGUACUUGCAGUUUUCAUCUAACAUUGCUUGACUGCUUUCAUGCAAUAAAUAAGGCUUUGCGAUAUGGCUUCCUGGAUUUCAGUGCUUUUGAUGUAAAUGAAUAUGAGCAUUAUGAGAAAGCAGAAAAUGGAGAUUUUAACUGGAUAAUACCAAACAAAUUCAUUGCUUUCAGUGGACCUCAUUCAAGAAGUAAAACUGAAAAUGGUUAUCCGCACCAUGCUCCUGAGGCCUAUUUCCCAUAUUUCAGAAGGCACAAGGUUACUACCAUAAUACGUCUUAACAGAAAAAUGUAUGAUGCCAAACGAUUUGCAGAUGCUGGUUUUGAGCAUUAUGACCUCUUCUUUGCUGAUGGAAGCAUACCUAGUGAUACUAUAGUCAAAACAUUCUUAAAUAUUUGUGAAAAUGCUGAAGGUGUUAUAGCAGUUCAUUGCAAAGCUGGUCUUGGCCGAACUGGCACACUUAUAGCCUGUUAUAUUAUGAAGCAUUAUAGGAUGACAGCUGCUGAAACCAUUGCUUGGAUUAGAAUAAAUAGACCUGGCUCAGUAAUUGGACCACAGCAACACUUCCUUGUAGAGAAACAGACAGAACUUUGGAGAGAAGGAGAUAUUUUCCGUGCAAAGUUAAAGGAAAAUCGCAAAAUUGCUGUUACAAAAAUCCUCACAGGAGUAGAUGAUAUUUCAAUUAAUGAUGCAAAAAACCGGAAAGCCAACAGAAAAGACACUGAACUGUACAGUGAUGAAGAUGAUGCAAACUGUGUAACACAAGGUGAUAAGCUUCGUGCCCUGAAGAGUAAAAGGCAGGCAAAGGCUGCAGCCACAGUUCCUCUAACAGUAAUUCUACAGUCCAGUGUUCAGAAAAGUAAAACGUCUGAACCUAGCAUUUCUGGCAGUGCAGACAUUAAUAAAAGAACUACCAGGUCUGCUGCAAGAAAAAGCAGUUUAAAAAGUCUGAUACCUCAGAAGGAGAAAAGGAAAAGGAAUGCUUUACAGCAAAUGCGCUUAAUGAAAUUAUGUGGUCACUCCAUACCAAGGACCAGGACAGUGCUGCGUUAAGUAAAAAGAAGUGACUGAAGAGGAUGCUGACGGGGGGGGAAAUGGAAUAUUGCUAUGGAACUUAAAAAGUCUUUCCUUUCAAAGAAAUUAACUGCAAAAUGCAGCUAAGAUUUAGCAGAAAAACUCCUCCUAAUUUGUAGAAGAUGACCUGUUUAAGAUGCUUGACAAACAGUUCAGCUUUCUAAUUCUAAACGUUUUCUCAAAUGUUAAAAAAAAACUUGUAAAUUUAGACUCAGGUGUAACUAUCUAAACCCUCUAUUAUAAAGAGAGUUUACGAGUGGGUAUGAUGCAUGUGUGUAAUUGUGAUGGCAAUCAGCUGCUGGCCACCAUAAGAAGUGAAGAUGCGGUGGGAGCUUUUAAAUAUUUAAUUCACUGUUGUCCGUCCAAGCUGAUCUCAGUCUCCAAUACAGAGCAAAUCUUGGGAAGGCAAGAUUUUAUUCUCAUAACAUUGUACUUUCCUGUUGAUUUGGAUAGCCUUCCUUAUUUUGUAUGGAUUUUUUUAUGAAGCUGUAAUGUUAAAUACCCAGACUAAUUACUGUAUGCCAAAGACUGCUUUAUUUCAAAGUGUUUUUUUAAAAAAAAAUUAACUAAAAGCUGUUAACUAUUUUAUUAGUAAUAGCUUUUAGUUGUUCAAAUUGCUUGAAAACAUUGAUUUUUCUACCAGAGUUUAUAAUUUGAAGCAGCACCAUCAACUUAGAUUACAUGGCUAGUUGAAAACUUUUUAUCUACUUGUGCUACAGGUAAUAUCUAAGGUUCCCAAUCUUUCAGACAUGGUAAUAGUUCCUAAAGUUUAUGCAUCAGACCAUCUUUAUGGUCAUUGUCAUAGUUUCUCUUGUUUAAUCAUUUUCUUCCAUACUGGGGGUUGGGGGAAAUUGAGGCACUUGAAAAAAAAUGAGUUGUGAUUGUAAAACCACUGAAAUUGGCAGUGGGGAGCAGGUGUAGUCAGUCAUUUUUAAAAAAUGGUUAUUUCAAGGUGGCGGUGCUCCUUUAAACAUCCAGGUACUUUUGUUUACCAAAACAAAAAAAGCCCUAGAUACCUAAUUAUCUGUUAAAUGUCACUGUAAUUUUUUAAAGGUGACCUAGGAUUUGAAAUUUUGUUUAUUUCCUUUUCAGUACUCUCUUCUAAAUCAGAAACGUGUUUCCCUCCAGCUUUAUCGUAUGAUAUUUGAACAGCUUAUUUCCCCCCCAGUAUCUUUGUUUGCCAACAUCACAUUUGACAUGUGCACACCCCUCAGAACAGAUCUGCUACUGCAUAGCCAACAGUAAAAAAGUUUGUUUUUAUGAGUUCUGUAUAAAUACAUCUGGGGAGGAAGGUUGAAAUGUUACUCAGCAGAGUUUUUUUUGUCCUGAAGAAAGACCUACUGUCUUGCAGUGGGAGGGAAUGUUUCUAUUAAAUUUAAACAGUGCUAGGCAAGGUUCGACACUUACAUCUAAUUUAAUCCCCUUAUUAGAGCAUUAAAAAAUCAUCAUGGAAUUGAAGGGUGUUCCCUAGUGUAAGUAACAAUAUAUUGGCUUGAUUAGCUUUUGAUGCUAUAAAAGCAGAAGAAUAUUAGUCCAGGCUAUGGUUACUUGUUAAGUUAACAGAAGCACCUCCCAAAUUGUUCUGAAACUUUUAAUUAUGCAACUUGAAUGUAAAGAAGAUAGAAGAAAAGGUUCUUCCAGUAUGGAAUCAAAACCUUGAACAGCUAUUUAAUAUCUUUUUUUGUAAGAAGAAACCCCUUUGAUUCAUCUGACUUUGCUCCUUUCUUUGUACAGUUGAGAGACUCUCUUGUCUCCAGGGAAAUGGUAAUCUUAGUGUUUAUAUUAUCUUUCAGGGCAAUUGGGAGCGAGGGGCUGAGCCACAUCAUUCUGGGGACAAGAGCCUUGCUAACCUUGUGAGGGGAGGAGGGACAAAAUGAGUCAAUGGGUUUUUUAAAACAAUUCCCUCUCUGCUAAUACAGCCCCUUUGUGUUUUUAUUUGGGGUAGCAGAGCGCUCCUUACACAGAUCAAGAAUUAGAGGCCCUAUUGUGCUAGACUGAUGAGUCCAACUUCCACCAGUGACCUAGAAGAGAGAACGUGCAAUUAAUGAUUAAUUGAAAAUGUGCUCCCUGAACAAUCUUGUGGAUUUUUUUUUUUUAAAACCAAAGUGUGUAUGUCAGCCCAGGCCCUGUGGGGGCUGCCUCCCCCAUACCUCUCACUUCUGCAGCUGCAGUUCUUGGAUAAGCCUGGAAUGCUCUGAGCAGCUGCCUGCCUGAACAUAGGGGAGCACCUAGUAAAGGGUGACUUCCCUCUGCCCCAUCCUUUCCAGCAGCUGCCAGGGCAGCCCAAGAGAGUGGGGAGUUAAUAACAGAGACAACACUCAAAACUCAUGAUUCUCUACCCCUAUCCUGGUCAGAGCCAGCCUAGCAGUUGCUCUUAACUUGUGCCAGCUAACAGUCCCAAUGGGACUGUCAGCCUGUUGUGGAUAGCUGACGCAUAACACAUUCCACACUCUCACCCUCCCCUCCUCGGGCCACCUAUGCCCUGCUAUACUGGCUCCAUGCACUCCAGAUGAGUAGAAUCCCCAGCAGGGACAUUGUGAGGGAUUCCACUUCUUUUAUUACCUGAGUGAUGCAAGGCAAGAGAUUUUGCCUCCACUGUAACAACUGGAGCUCCUUGAUCUUUUUCAAAAACUAAAAUGUUUGCCUCUAAAGCUGAAAGGGACACCACGGUGCUAGGUGCUGUACAGGUAAAAAAAAAAGUUAAAUGUCCUAACCCUGGGGAGGUCACAGUUCCACUUUUUACAAGCCUAAACAGCUGAAUGAGGUGAUAGUAAGUGGUUGGGAGGAAUAGAUUAAAAAAAACACAAUAAGGCUUUUGGACAGUAUGUAGUAGUUUUAACUUCCCAGCUGCCUUCCCAGUUCUUUUUUUUCCUAAGUAUUUUCAUAUUUUGUGUACAUGUUUGUGCUUUACCUCAGCACUGAAGUGAAACUGAGGAGUUGUCUGUUGGCAAAUACUGAACUGAUUUGUUCAGUUAAAGUCUGCCUCGAAAUAAUGUAAUAAGUAUAAAUUGCUUGUACAUAUGCACAGGUUGAGUUGUUUGUACUGUCCAUUGAACCUGAAAAGAAUCAGACUAGGGUUUGUGUUUUAAGAAUCACCCCAACAUUUGAAGUUUUAGAAAACUUUGAAAUUACAUUUUAAAAAACCAAAUGAACUCUUGGACUUUCAAUUUUGUAUCAUUGUUUUAAACAUCAAAUACUGAUUUUAACUGAAAAACAAAGCCCAUCACAAAUGUCUAUUACAUAUAGUGAAAGUCUCUAAACAAAGUUUCACAGUUUUGUUAGGUAUGAAGAUUCUGGGCUACCGUUUUUCACUUCCGUACAUCUUACAGUUGCAGAGAAACGUACAAAUGCUACUGCCAUUCUGUAUUUGACUAUUCAAAUCAGCAUUACUAUUUAGUGACCAACAUUACCUCCUCAGAGCCUAUGUAAUUUUAACAUUUAGCUCGUAUUUUCAAUCUGACAUUUUGCCUUGCAUUUGCACCAUAUGUACCAAAGUUGUCUACCCGCAAUUCUGAAAGCGAGGGGAGAAAGUGCUUCUUUUCUAAAGACUUGUGAAAGUGUGCCAAAUGGAAUGUACAUGUAAAACAGGCAGCUGGAGACCUAGUACUUGUGUGUGCUGAGAAGCUAAUUAUCUCUGCUGUGAUGGAUGUAUAAUUCUGGGUGAGUGGCCCAUCAUUUUUUCACCAUCCGCCCUUUUAUACUGAUAUAUAUAGUGAAAAUCCUACUUAAAAUACAUAGUAACUAUUGGGUAUCUUGGGUCAAGUUGCUGCUUUUCAGCAAAGUGUCAGUAAUUUAUAUUAAAGUUACUCCCAGAUCUUGACCUGUUGUUCCAACUGUAAAUAGGAAAGUACUGCAGUUUUUAAAGACUGGACAAAAACUAUUAAGCUAGGAUUUGUAUAAAAUGAGACGCACAUUCUAAGUGGAAGAAAAAUCAACAAUUAUGUUAAUCAGAUUGUUCUGCAAUUUUAUAAUAAUGGUUUGCAGACUUUCAUUUGUCUUGUGUACAGAGUCUGGAAAGUUCUUUAAAACGUACUGAAAUCAGUACUGCUCAUCCUGAUUUUUUUUUAAAUUGUAUAUUUCUACUCAUAUUUUUUUAAAUCAGAUUGAAUGACAGAAUGGGAGUUUUAUUUUGCUGAAGGUAUUUUUAAGAUAAAGCUUCAUGAUGUCUUGUAAACUUAGUUUGAUAUGCAUUUGUCAUUUGGAAAUAUUACAUAUUGUAACUUGUUUUAUACAAAAUACUGAAUAGUAAUAAUUGUAAAUAUGAGUUGUGUACAAAUAAAACUAUUAACCUGAUAUUUCUUAUUACCAACAA